GGUUCCUGAAGCGGCUCUGAGCCGGACGGGUCACAGUGUGGUGGCCGUUUGUCUCGGGAUCAUCUUCGUUCUGGGAUUUGUGAAUAACUUUCUGGUCCUGAUGCUCUUCACUCGAUUCCACUUCCUCCGGACCCCCAUCAACCUCCUCCUGCUGAACAUCAGCGUCAGCGACAUGCUGGUGUGCCUGUUCGGGACGCCGUUCAGCUUCGCUGCCUCCAUCUGCGGCCGCUGGCUGACCGGAGCUCACGGCUGCAGGUGGUACGGCUUCGCAAACACACUUUUCGGUGUGGUCUCUCUGGUGUCUCUGGCGCUCCUCUCUUAUGAGCGGUGCUGCUCCGUCCUCUGCGGCUCCAAGAUGGACGUGCUGGACCACAGGAAGGUCAGGCUGUCCAUCGCGGGCUGCUGGGUGUACUCUCUGAUCUGGACAGUUCCUCCGCUCUUUGGCUGGAGCGGUUACGGCCCUGAGGGACCUGGGACCACCUGUUCGGUUCGGUGGGCCCUGCGGACCCCAGGGAGCAGAGCCUAUAUCAUCUGCCUUUUCAUCUUCUGCCUGGUUCUGCCUCUGCUGACCAUCAUCUUCUGCUACGGGAGGAUCCUCAUCACUGUCCAUGGGGCAGCUAAAGUGCAGCGGACCGCCGCCCAGCGGAGGGAAGGUUGGGUUCUGCUCAUGGUUCUGAUCAUGGUGUCCUGCUAUCUGUUCUGCUGGCUGCCGUAUGGAGUGGUGGCACUGUUGGGUACGUUCGGGCCAUCCGGCUCGGUCAGCCCCACCGCCAGCAUCGUACCGUCCGUACUGGCCAAAAGCAGCACCGUCCUCAACCCCAUCAUCUACGCGUUCUUUAACAAACAGUUCUACAGGUGUUUUCUGGUGUUGGUGAAGUGUGAAUCAGGAUCUCCAUCACUCCACACACUCCACACACUCCACACUCAGCCCAGCAGCUAUACAGAUGACUCCGCACCCAACGGCAUCGCGCUGGGGCUGUACCGAGACCCCUCACCCUCCGACAGUCCGAAACAUCCACAUAACUCUGGAACAACCACCAGCGCUCAGUGUCACUUCCUAGCGCAGCCCAGAGUCUGAACUUGAUCCAGACCACUAGGGGGCGCACAAGCAAUUAUCACAAAAUCUAAAAUGUUGUUUCAGAUUUUUCAGAUUUCAUUCAUAAGCAGAAAACAAACUCAGGCUAGUCGACUGUAAACAAAGUGACAGGGUUUGUAGACUGUGCUGGGACAGUGCAGAGGUUAAAGGUCAUUGUAACAUGGAGGUGAAUAACCCUGUUAUAAGCUGCUGGUUAUGCAGCCUGUUCCUCCCUCUUCUAGCAAAAAAGUGCUUCCACAACAAAUAAUGUGUUACAGCCACUGUAAAUACUCCGCUAACUGUGGUGAAUCAAGCUAAUGGUCCUGUUCCUUCCCCUCAACCUGGCCUCAGUCAGCUAAGCAGAUAGCCAUGCAAGCUAGCAUAAUAUAAUAAGA